UGCUGCAAUGAGUGUCCACCAGCAGCGGUCUAGAGUCCUCUGCUCGUUGAGUAUCCUAGCGGCGUACCAAAGCCAGCCCGACACAAAGAAAAGAGCGGUGAGUCAUGGAUUGUGCAUCGCGUCGAAGCCUCAGGAGAAAUACUGUGCAAAGGACACGUCAAGAUCUCUGCAGUGGAAGUAUAACGGAAUUGAAGUUUUUGGCCUAAGUUUCGAUGGG